AUGGUGGAAGCUAGCAAGGUGCCGGCUUUGGUCCAUGCUCUGAGCGGUGCUAUAGGCGGUACUCUGGCCAAUAUCACUGUUUUCCCGCUAGACCUGAUUACCACCCGUUUGCAGGUGCAAAAUAAAAUCAAAACCGAUAAGCAUUAUGCUUCUGUAUAUGACGCUUUCGUCAAGAUCUACCAGGAGGGUGGUAUGGGCGAAUUUUACGAAGGCGUGGUAGGGGAUUCUGCGGCAACCAUGUUGCAAGCGUUUCUAUAUUUUUUUGCCUACGAUUUCAUGCGCUCGAGACGAGUGAGACAAAUUAAACGUAAUACCGGCUCGGUUCCCCGCACUUUGAAUGUUGCAGAAGAACUGUCCAUUGGUUCGCUGGCGGGCAUCUUCUGUAAGCUAUUCACGUCGCCCAUCAACAAUAUUGUCAUUCGCCAGCAAACCGCCUCCUUGAAUCAGGCCAAGGGGCUGCCGGUCCAUGAGCCGACUCCCCUCGAGUGCGCAAAGCAGAUCUACGACGAGCAUGGAAUCACAGGAUUCUGGUCUGGGUACCGCGCCACCCUCAUUUUGAGCUUCAAUCCCUCUCUGACGUACUACUUUUUCCAGAUUUUGAGCGCCCAAAUCGUCCCGCGCAGCCGCCGAAACAAGCCCACAACUUUCGAGGUAUUUAUUUCUGCUGCCCUGGCUAAAACAAUGGCUACCAUUAUUACCUAUCCAGUUAUUGUGCUAAAAACCCGUACUCAGGUUGGUGCUGGCAAGGAUCUGCCGCUAUACAAACAGCUGGCUGCCACCUACAAGCAGGAGGGGGCCUCUGCGCUGUUUGAUGGUGCGUCAGGCCAAAUUUUGAAAAGCUUCUUUAACCAGGGCAUAACCAUGAUGACUAAAGACAAGAUCACUCGUUUCGUCGUCUUGUCCUACCUCUAUUUCCGGGCAAACCCCCGACGCGCUUGA